GCGAAGGCAGCGCAUCUCCGGGACUCGUUUUUUACUCAGCACUGAUUACUUAAUUUAAGCGUUUUAUUUCUACAUGUCAUAUAAUAGCUGUUUGUUUCAAUAUUUAAUUGUAUCCAGUUUUAUAGUUUGGAGGUCUGUUACGUUAAUACCUAACGUAAACUUCACGAGAGAAGACAGUCUCGUAAAACUCUUUUGUUUGUUAUUAUGUUUCGAUUGAUACGGUGUGCUGAUGACAAGAUGCCGCGCGGAUACAUAUCGUAGUUGUGAAUUUAGCAGUUUUCUUAUCCUCCGGAAGUGGCGGUCAGUCUGGUGUACCACUAGUAACUUCACUUUAAAAGGCUCGAACACUGUGUCCAAGCUUUGGAAGAACAAGCAAAUGGAGACCCACAACUGCUGAGCUGUCAGUUCUCCCUCCCUCUUCUCCUCUCCUCCAGUUCCUCCUCUUCCUCUCCUUUUUACAUUCUUCCUCUCACUGAGAGCAGGAGAUGAGCUCAGAGGAGAAAAGUUCCACCAUGUCACAGAAGAUCUCCUCUCCAUCUCACAGCAAUAGCAGUUCCUCCUCAAAACAUGACAGCAGACAGGCAACAGAACUAAACAAGGCAGGAGAACAGGAACAGAGAGAAACACAACCAAAAGUCCAUAACUGUAACAGUAGCUCCUCCCCCCCAGAAGGCGCAACCUCAUGCCGUAAAGAGACCAUCUGAGGAGGAAGGGGGCAACUCUGGAGGAAGAUGCAGAGUGUGCCAAGGGUAGGAAUGCUGAGGAGAUAAUGGAUGGAGGAGCCAGGAGCAGGAGGAGCCAGAUGUAGACCCAGAGACCAGGCAGAAAGGAGGCCCACGGCGGAGUUGACGGAAGGAGGAGCCAUGGUAGAGGACAGCUGGGAGAUCGUCGAGGGUUUGCGUGGUGGUCUUUCCAAUGUUCAGGAGCCAGAGAAGCAGGCCGGCUACAUGCUGAAGAAGAGAAAGUGGCCCAUGAAAGGCUGGCACAAGAGAUUCUUCUACCUGGAUAAGGGCAUUUUGAAGUACGCCAAAAGCGCAGCUGAUGUGAGUCUAAAAGUCUGCCCUCCUAAACAGCGUCAUGAAGUGGCCAGGCGUGCCUCUCUCGCAAAGCAGUCCUCUCUCCAUUCGCCGUUAUCUUUUACCAGCCAGGCCAAGGUGACCGCCUGGCUCCAGUCUUCUGAUGACACGGACAGGUGCACCAAAGAACUCUCAGUAUGUGAGGCUCAGCUGCUGGAACUGAAUCACUUGUUGAGAAGUAUGGAGGUGUUGCACCGCACCUGCUCCGCCCCAGCCAUCAACGCUCUGCAGGCCUCAACGUACGACAGCCCAAAAAAAGAGAAGAGACAUCCCAGAAAAUGGCGUCCCAAGAAUUACGGGAAAGACAACAAAACAACCCUGCAGGUUCCGAGCUGUAUCUCAGCAGGCUCUGUCCGUCUCCAUGCAUCCAAUCCCAACCUUUCUUCAGUAGACCUGACCAAUGAGAAGACUUACCAUGAAAUUCUAGAAUCGCCUAUAGACGUAUCUAAACUGCAGGAAGACUUCUGCCGUGUCGCAAACAACCUUCAUACAACCAUGAAAUCAGCCCUGUGCAUGUUGACGACAGAGAAAGAGAGACUUAAACAGAUGCUGGAGCACGAGUCUUGUCCUGCCCCCUCGGCCCAGCUCCUGGGACUGAAGAAUACCCUAGCUGCUAAGCAAGACUCCAGUGAUGGUUCCCGUCCUCUUGUUCACCAGGCGUCUAAUGAGAGCAGAGCUUCCAUUACAGAGUCUCUAUCGGAGUUCUUUGAUGCGCAGGAAGUGCUGCUGUCAGCUAGCUCUUCAGAAAAUGAGCCUUCGGAAGAUGACUCAUAUAUCAGUGACAUCAGUGACAACGUGUCUAUGGAUAACUUCAGCAACGAGGUAGAGAAUGACAGACUCAAUACAGGCUGUGUAGAGAACGGUGGUUCUCAAGAACAGCGGCGGUCUUGUCUUCCCUCCCCCAGUCCCAAUACCAGCAACAUCAGCCUGUGGACCAUCCUGAAGAACAACAUUGGGAAGGACUUGUCUAAAGUAGCCAUGCCUGUUCAACUCAACGAGCCGCUCAACACUCUGCAGAGACUGUGUGAGGAACUGGAGUACAGCGAACUGCUGGACAAGGCUGCACACACACAGGACCCGUUUGAGCGCAUGGUGUACAUCGCUACAUUUGCUGUGUCCGGCUAUGCUUCCAGUUACUACAGAGCAGGAGGAAAACCCUUUAAUCCAGUGUUGGGUGAGACCUACGAGUGUGAUCGUCCAGACAAAGGCUUUUGUUUUGUGGCGGAGCAGGUCAGCCAUCACCCCCCCAUUUCUGCAUGUCAUGCCGAAUCUAAAAACUUCAUCUUUUGGCAAGACAUGAGGUGGAGGAAUAAGUUUUGGGGAAAGUCCAUGGAGAUUGUAUCUGUUGGAACUACACACGUGGUUCUCCCUGGCUUUGGAGAUCACUAUGAAUGGAAUAAAGUGACAUCAUGUAUUCACAACAUUCUGAGUGGGCAGCGCUGGAUCGAGCACUACGGCGAAAUCUCCAUCAAAAACUCCAACAGUGAAAAAUGCCAGUGUAAAGUCACCUUCAUCAAGGCGAAGUACUGGAACUCCAGCAUGAAUGAGGUGGAGGGAGGUGUCACAGAUCACAAAGGGAAAGUCGUGCACAAGCUGUUUGGGAAAUGGCACGAGGGGAUGUACUGCGGCAGCCCACCCUCUGCUACCUGCAUCUGGAGGAUGAAUCCCAUGCCUCCUGACUAUGAGCAGUACUACGGUUUCACUAAGUUUGCUAUGGAGCUCAAUGAGCUGUGCUGAUAAAC